GCUUGUGGGCAUUGGGUGCCGCACUGUCAGCCUACAUCCCGGCCCAAUUGUAAUCACUGCACCUCGUGCGGGGGUAGUCAAACCCAGCCCGGGAUAAUGGUCCCUUAUGCGGGCCUAGCGGCAAGUAUGGGGCCCCUGAACUACGCUGCGGCCCAGGGUCAGUUUGUGGCUCAACCACCUCCCUCCCAACAGGCCUUGCAGGUCAGCGUGGCCGAGGGAGGAAACCAAGGACAAGGCGGACAAGGCAAUGCAAGCCGAGGUCAAGGGGGUCGAGGAGGUGGCGGCCGAGGCCGAGGAGGAAAUGGUGGGGGUCGCGCGGGUGGUUGGAAUGGUCAGGGGGGUCAGAACCCAAGUGGCCGAGGUGGCCAAGAGGGGGGCCAAGGGUAUGGGAGGCCCCGCUUUGAUUGGGGAAACGCCACCUGCUGGCAUUGUAGCGAGGUGGGCCACACUAUACGGUUCUGCCAACGGUGGCGAGAUGAUGAGUUGGCAGGUUUAAUUUCCUCUUGUAUGGACGGGGAUAUAUAUGAUAAGUGGGGAGAGCAUAUCGACCCUAGGACCCCGGGAGGAAUCAGGCAAGAAGCUCUUAGGCUAGCGGCGGCAGGGCCAUCGGCAACCCCGACCAUGUUCAGGAUGUGGCAGGCGAAAGGAAAGUUGGUCAUAAAAGUUGAGGAAAUUGUGGGAGAUAGCGAGAAAGGCACUCAGCGACUAAAGCCAGGGACUAUAAGAGAGAAGCCAAUAGUCGUCGAAUCGGAUGACGAGGGGCAGGAAGCCGAUGGAGAGCCGGCCACACUCCUCCUGGGAAGGAUGGAAGAUCUACUGGAAAGGGUGGGGAGAUUCCGGCGGAAGCUGCAAGCCUUGUGUGAAGAAGCCCGAGAGUGGGAGGCCAACCUGCCUGAGGUCUUCCUUUAUGACUCCGGGCCAGAGCCUUCGCCAGGACAACAAGGGUGCCCAAGAGUGGCGACUGUAGGGACGGGCCCUAGGUCGGGUAGGACCUAUAGACCCCCCACGUCGCAUGGGAGGGUGUCGCAGGCGGCUCGGACCAGGAGCCAAAAUAAGGCUGGGCCUAGUCAAGAGCCCAGUCAGGCACCCCCUCGAAAGGAGCCGGAGCCUGGACGUAGGAAGGAGGUGGUGGAGUUUUCGGAGGAAGAAGAGGAUGACGAUGAAGAGGAUGAGAGGCUCCGACAAGAGGAGGAUCAGCGGGCGGAGCUGAGGGCCAAAAAGAGAGGGGCCCAGGAGGAGGCAGAGCCAAGCCUGCUCGACAGUGUGCCUAAGAGGAAUAAGUACGCGGUCCGGAUGGAGGAAGGCUUUGAUGUGGAGCGGAUGGUGGACAAACUCCUGGAAGGCCAUAAUAACUUGAUGAACCUAAAGGACAUCCUGGCUUCGGCGCCAAGGCUCCGUGGUUUUGGAGAACCCUCAGAUGGGGGAGGUGGAGUUAGUGUAUCGGCUUCCGGGAGGGAGGGGAGGCCGUGUGAUGGCCCAGGCCCGAGCGACAAGUGGGCCUUUUUUAGGGGAGGGCUUAAGCAGGGUUCCCAAAGGCGGUACAAGACCAUAGAUAAGAAGUGCCCAGUUCCCGUGCUCGUCACAGAGGACGAGAAAGCCUAUUACGAGCGGGAGCGAGGGUUGAUACGGCGUAUGCGGGAGCACGCAUUGGACGGGCCGUGCCGUAUCAACGACGAAAAUGAGGGGAAAGUGAUAAUCGGGGAGCCUGACUUUCUGUCGCCCCAUGAGAGAGCCUUGAUGGUGGGGCUGAUGAAGAAAAGGCACCGCGCGUAUGCAUUCAACGACGACGAGCGUGGGAGGCUGGAUGUGGACAAGAUCCCGAUGAUCAGGAUCCACACGGUCCCACAUGAGCCAUGGAAUCUAAGGGGUGCGCGGUACCCCAAUCCGGAUGAGGAAAAGAUGGUGGUGGACUACCUAGACGGCAAGAUGCGGACGCACGUGGCCGAUUAUUUCAGUGGGCCGUACGCGUCGCCUUGGUUUUGUUUUAUUAAACCAAAUAGGACGCUAAGGUGGGUGCAGGACUUGCAAUGGCUAAAUGCGGUGACAGUGCGGGACGCGGGAGGAUUGCCGAACGCGGACGCAUUGUCAGAAUCGUGCGCAGGGAGACCUAUAAUCUCGCUUAUAGACCUCUACUCGGGGUAUGACCAAUUCCCCUUAUACCCGCCAGACAGGCCCGUAACGGCAAUGCACACUCCUAGAGGGCUGAUUCAUAUGAAUGUGGCGCCUCAAGGUUUGAUGAAUGCAGUGGCGAUGGUGCAAAGGCAUAUGAUCAGAGCCAUGCAGACGGUCAGCCCACAUAUCACUCAACCCUAUAUCGAUAACCUGGCGGUCAAAGGUCCAAAGGAGAACGAGGAAGACGAAGUGAUGCCCGGUGUGCGACACUUUGUCUGGAAGCAUGUCCAAGACAUCGAUCAGGUUCUGAGGUUAUUGGAGGAACAUAACCUGACGGUGAGCGGUCCCAAGUCGAAACAUUGUAUGAGGGAGACCACGAUUCUAGGUUUUUUCUGUAAUGAGAGUGGGCGAAGGCCUGAUGUAAGGAAGACAGACAAGAUUCUUGAGUGGCCGGUGCCCUUCCGCUCGAUAACAGAUGUGAAAAGCUUCCUAGGGACGUCCGGAUUCCGAAGGAGCUUCGUGAAGGACUUUGCCACGAAGACAGAGCAUUUAAGGAAGUUGGUGCGCCAGGAUCAAGAAUGGGUCUGGGGCGAAGACCAGGAAGAGGCGGUCGGUAGGAUGAAGGGAGAGUUUAAGGAAGGAGGCUUGGUAUUGGGAGCGCCAAAUUAUGAGGUCACGGAGGAAAGACCAUUCGUCAUUGAGACGGACGCUGGGCCAAGUGCUUUGGGAGGGGUCCUGAUUCAGGCGGAUACUGAGGGGAAGGAGAGGCCACUAAGAUUCGAAAGUCGUUCCCUCAAUACAACUGAGAGGAACUACUCUCAGUUCAAGAAGGAGACGCUAGCGGUACUUCAUUGCCUAAGGACCUUCCGGAACUAUGUUUUUGGCAGGAGGCUCAUCUUGAGAGUGGACCCUCCUGCACUGGCAUGUUCCCUGAAGAAUUAUACUCCAUCUGACCCAACCGUCGCAAGAUGGUUGACUUACAUUUGGAUGUUUAAUUUCGAGCUGGAAAGGAUCCCAGGGAACAAGAACAGACCAAAUGGGUUAAGCCGCAUCAACUGGGACGGAUCGGACGAGGAAUCGAUAGAAGACAUGCCGCCAGUUGAUGGGUUUUUGGAUCAAGAGGAGGACGUCCGCCUGCAUAUAAAGGAGUGGUCCCUGCGAGUGCCCAGUUGCGUAAGUCACCCCAUAUGGCUGGCACCAAAGGGGUACAAACAGAAGGAAGAGUUAGUCCUCAAACCCUUUCAGGAAGAGGAUCCGUGGGGAAGUAAGGAUGUUGGUUGGAUGAUGAAGUUGGCGUUGGCAGGUACGCACAGUCUGGUGGAGGAAGUGAGGACAAUAGAGGAAGGCCCCACUCAGGUGGAGGAGUAUGUGCAGCUAAUGGGAGGGAUGUACCUGCUCACCAAUACGCUCCUGCAAGGAGACUUCGACCGGAAAGGCUUGUUCAGUCACGAGGAGAAUGAGAUUCUGGUUCCUGAAAGCCGAGACAACGAAUUCGAGGAAGGAGAAAUCAAGGAGGCGUUUUGGGCGGAGGAGUACGAUGGGAUCUACCGGGAAUUGGGGUUGUUCCUAUCAUUUGAGAUGAGGGAUAGAGAUGCAAGUGCUAAGACACAGAAGAUGAGGCACCUCCAUGUGGUAAGAGACGACCACUUGUUUAUAAAGCGGCAGGUCGGGAACCCCAGGAGGAUCGUAUGUGGGAGAAACCGGCAAAUUGAUAUCAUAGCGGCCCUACACGAUGGUAUAGCAGAGGGGCACAGCGGGGUAAGUGCCACAUGCGUGAAGAUAAGCAAGCUCUACCAUUGGGACUGGAUACUGACGAUGGUUAUCAAAUACUGCCAGUCCUGUAUGCCUUGUCAAGAGAGUUCAGUGCAAAGGCCUGGAGAACCCCUACACCCAAGGUUAGAAAAGGAAGUAAGUGCGGUCGUACACCUGGACCUGUUAUUCAUGCCAGCAGGGGAGAAUGGGUGUAACUACAUCUUCGAUGCACGGGAUAACCUUACUGGGUUUGUGGACGGACGAGCUAUCUGGACAAAGACUGACCCGGUUUUGGCAAACUGCAUCGAGGAGUAUUUCCUGCGAUACCCUUUUGUCAGGGAGUUCGUGAUGGAUCGAGGAUCAGAGUUUACCUGCAAUGAGGUGAGGAAGUUGCUUGCAGAAUAUGGCGUAGUGGCCAACUAUACUACGGCCGCACACCCUCAAGCGAACGCUCCUACGGAGAGGGGGCACAGUACCAUCACGAAUCUCCUGGCUAAGUGGACAGAGGGCAAACCUGGUCAGUGGCCGAAGUUCCUACGGGCAGCUUUCUUCGUGGAGAAUGUUACUGUAAAGAGGACUACCAAGUAUGCGCCGGCCACACUAUGGUACGGGAGGCAUGCCACCUUUCCCAUAAAAAGUUUUAUGAAGACAUGGAGGCGCGAGGACUUGGAGGUAGACCUGUCUUUCGAAGAACUGCUCGAUAUUCGGGCGCGGCAAGUGGGGGCGGCCGAAGAAAGAUUGCGAGAGGCCGCUGGUCAGGUGGAAAGGAGUCGCAUGGAAGAUAAGAUGAGGUGGGACCAGAUGGCACGAGUAAGAGAGGAGCCAUUGGCUGUAGGGGAUGUCGUAUUAUUAUACCACUCCUCUCUGGAAAAGCAAUGGUCGAGGAAGCUUGAUAAGAGACGGUUGGGCCCCUAUAGAAUAUUGCGAUGCGGCGAAUUUGGGGCCUAUCAGAUCGAGGAGCUGGACGAGACAGGCUGGCAGGAUUGGGCCUUGGCACAGCGAGAGGGGCCAGCGGAGGCCGCCCAUGCGGUGGAGCUAGUUCAGGCCGUGGGGCCAGCUCGGGCGGCGGAGCUACCCCCUACCUAUGGACUCGAGCAGGUGGAGUUUCGCCGAAUCACGGACAGUGAUCUACGGGGCCCGUCGCCGACGUUACCAGAGGGGGGAGAGGCGGUGCCGUUGAGGACGCCGCUCGACAGAUUGGAGGCUCAUCUCGAUGCGUCCCAGUGGGGGGCGUCACAGCUGGGAGCAAACCAGAGAGGACCGGAAUGGUAUGAGCCUGUAGAGGAUGAGCCAGAGGAGGAGCCACCUGAGUCGGGGCCUGAGGCGGGGUCUCGCGAACCCAAGGAGCCGCAGACUGAGGGGGUUUUCACUGUUGGGGAUGAUACCCCUCCUCCUACUCCGAUUACUGAACAGGCGCGGCAGUAUUGGCAUGAAGAAAUUCCUAAGUCGGACGGUGAGGAGAUGUUGGGGCCCCCACCGGAAGCUACUACGCCACCUCCGACGCAGGCGGAGCCAGAGGGGGGCGAAAAGGCGAGGACACCUACUACUGUGGCGCCGCAACUAACUGAGUCUACAGGUGCACGCAUGGAUUUGGAGGUGCCGACAUCUGGGGAGCCUUGGCCAGGGCCGCCACCCGCAGAGGAGGGGACAAGUGAGAGAGAUCCACUGCGAGAGGGUCACGAGGCGAGGACAGGGAAGCCACCGGGAGAGACGAAAGAAGAGAAACGCGCGAGGGUGCAGGUACGCCUCGAAGAGCUAUACCAGGAAAAGCUUAGGAUGGAGGCCGCAGGAGAAGCGCCAAAGCCGCCAAUUGACCCUCCGACGAGCGAGCAGAGGAUUAGUGAGGCUUGGGCCAGCUAUGAGAGCGAGAGGGAUGCGGCUCGCCUGAGGUCGCGAGAGGUAGGACAGGGGCGUGCAGGAUUGGACGAGGCACGAAAGAUAGAGGACUUGGGAUUUUCAGCCACCAGGAUGGAGAUUGAGCGUAUAGAUAGGAGGAUAGGUGAGGUGGAGGUCUCGUCCUUCCAACGGUACUCCAUGCUCAGCGAUGAGUUGGCGGCCUUGAGGUUAGAGGUGGGACAGUUGUCCACCCAACUGGUAGAAGAGAGGGUCGAGAAUCAAGCAUGGAGGUCCCGUAUGGAAGUUAAGGAAGCAAAAUGGGAGAAGAGGCUCCAGGACAUGGCGGCGAUAGUGGAGAGGCUCUCGGUCACUAAGGUGGUCGACUGGACGGAGCAAAGCCGGUAUGGUAUCCAGGGGGAGGAGGUACAGGGGCUCUUUGGCCGGGAAGGGACGACAGAGCCACCUCAGCAAGGAGGUAAAGGGAAGGUAUUCCUGGACCCAAUAGAGGCGGCAGCACGGCGGGAAGCCGAGGAGGGGAGGUUCAACUUCAGGAUUCCUACGGAGUUGGCCUCGCAACAGGCCACCCCUAUGACGAUUGAGGUCCUUGAGGGCGGCGCAGGGACCCCAACCUCCAGCGGAGGAAGGGGCCCCACAGAGGAGUCCCCUACGAUCCUUUUGGAGGUGCAGGAGGGAGCCCUUACGGGAGCAACAGCAUCCACUGAGCCGGAGGCAAUGGGGGGAGAGGCGUCUCGACUGGAUGAGUUAGUGGCAGCUAUGGAAUUGGACAUGCCGUUAGGGGAGCCUCAGAGACAGAAGACCCCAGAGCGUGUACCAGAGAUAGGGGAGCUAAGGACGCAGCUAGGCUCUUGGGCUACUGGAGCUGACUCAGGAGAGCACAUCUCAGAUCAGCAGCAGGAAGUUAUGAGCGAGCCAGCGACUGCCGUGACUCCCCAGCCUUCUGACCUGCAUAGGGACGAGGGGGCGACUACGAUGGGAGGAGUCCGCGAGGGUAGGCCACUGAGAUUGGACACUUCGGCGUACUGACAUGAGGGAGGUGAGAUGGUAGCAGGGUCGAGUAUCCAGAUGAUGGAGGCGGGGCCGACAGAGUCAUGGAGUAUGCCCCAGAGC